GCACGAUGAACGAGGGGCGUUUCAUAGCCGUUUAAAAAAUUCUUUAUUUCUGCGCUUAUUUUUCCACAACAGAAGCUUUUUGCUGGACUUUGCACGUCUGUUUUUAAUAUGGCUCACAUGUUUGAGGAUUAAUUCAUGGUAUCCUCACACACUCCAAUGAAGAGAAGACCAAGCAAUUCUUUGCCUGCCAAAUACAGCAGGCAAAGCAGAGCCAUGAAAAAAUACACAAUAGCACCGGACACCUCAACCAGCUCUGCAACCGGCCGCCAAGCAGCCCCACAAAUCCGGCACUUGACCAUGGCACAGCACAGUCGUAACCUACUGAACUUCUUAAACGAGGAUCGGACGCGGCAGAGGUUCUGCGACGUGUCUGUGUCGGUAGGUGGGAAGCUGUAUGGUGCCCAUAAAGUGAUAUUGGCUCACGGGAGCAGUUACUUCCACGCUGAGCUGUCCAAGAACCCCGCCAUGACCCACGUUACUCUCGAUCAUGUAGAGGAAUCGGUUUUUCAGCACCUGCUCGCUUUGCUGUACACAUCAGAGUGCGUUAUUGCAGAGACAGAGCUGCAGGCUGUGACUGAAGCGGCCCGCUUCCUGGACAUGAUGGAUGUGUUAAAGCUGCUGUGUGAGGAAGGGUCAAACAACAACCCUGUAAGUGGGGAUGAGACUGAAUUACUCAUAAUAGCCACUCAAGGCUCAUAUAAUCAGCAGUUUUGCACAGAAAACACACAACAGGACCAAAGUCUGAAUGAUAUUCAGGCGAAAACUCCUGGCGAGAAGGCGGCUACCAUGCGGAGAUCAGCCCGAAGGAGGAAACCUCCGACCAAGUAUAAGAAAGAUGAUUUGGAGUGCGUGCACAACACGGACGAAACACCAAUAACUCAAUCAAGGGAGGAGUUUGAGGAAAGACCGGAUGAAGUUGAAGUCUCUGGAAACAAACUGGUAAUGGAUGAAACAAGAUCAUCACAGGUGGAAGAUUUUCUGGGUGAGGAGGAUGAAGGUGGCCUGAUUGAGGAUGGUGGCAAAGCACCAGCCACAGGUCCUGUGUACCCCGAAGGUCUGGCUCCUGUCAUCAUCCACAUUUCCAGAAAGAAGAUUCUCAAGUGCCCCAAAUGUGACAAGACCUUCGAUCGAGCAGGGAAGUACGAGAGUCACACCAGAGUGCACACAAAAGAGAAACCCUUCCAGUGUGAAGUCUGUCUGCAGCGCUACUCCACCAAGUCCAACUUGACGGUUCACAAGAAGAAGCACACUGGCAACACUCCCUUCCAGAUGAAAGAGCACAAGUGUCCCUUUUGUAAUAAACUUCACGCUAGCACGAAAACCCUGGCAAAGCAUGUCAGGAGGUUCCACCCAGAACACCUUCAAGACUUUCUCAGUAAGAGGAAGAAGAAGAAGAGUGAAGGCUGGAACUGUCCUAUUUGUCCGAAGUCUUUCACACGCAGGCCUCACUUGCAGGAGCAUAUGAUCCUACACACCCAAGACCGGCCAUUCAAAUGUGCUUUUUGCGAUGAAUACUUCAGGUCCAGGUUUGCUAGGCUCAAGCACCAAGAAAAGUACCACCUUGGACCUUUUCCUUGUGAGAUCUGCGGCCGAAAUUUUAACGACAGUGGCAACAGGAGGAAGCACAUCGAAUGCACACACGGAGGGAAAAGAAAGUGGACAUGCUUUGUCUGUGGCAAAUCAGUGAGGGAAAGAACAACGUUGCGGGAGCACAUGCGGAUCCACAGUGGCGAGAAGCCUCACCUCUGUGGUCUCUGUGGGCAAAGUUUCCGCCAUAAGAGCUCAUACAGGCUCCACAUGAGAAUGCACCGUAAUGACAGGCGCUACGAGUGCAACGAAUGUGGGAAGACCUUCUUACGCCACGAUCACCUGGCCAAACAUCAGCAAACCCACUCUGGUGAAAAAGCACAUCAGUGUGAAGAAUGCGGGAAGUGUUUCCGACGCCAGGAUCACUUAGCUGUCCACUACAGAACUGUUCAUUUGGGAGAAAAAGUCUGGCAGAAGUAUAAAACAGCCACGCAUCAAUGUGAGGUUUGCAAGAAAGAAUUUAAGGGAAAGUCCAGUCUGGAAAUGCACUUCAGGACCCACUCAGGUGAGAAACCCUUCAGUUGUCCGGAGUGCCACCAGACGUUUCGCAUCAAGAAGACCUUGACUAAGCACAUGGUGAUCCACUCGGACGUCCGUCCUUUCAACUGUCAACAGUGCAACGCUACCUUCAAGAGAAAAGACAAGCUCAAGUAUCACGUGGACCACGUGCACAGCACCCGCUUUCUUGACCAAACCUUCGGAAACCUGGGCCAGGACAAGAUGGGCUCGGAUGCUUUUAGUCCAGAACCAAAGUCAACGCCUACAAACGUCUGUGUGCCUGACGCUUUAGACCCUGUCCAGAUGGCUGGUGGACCUGUGAAAAGCCAACUGGACGCUCAUGUGAGCAUGCGAACUGAAGAACAGCAGCCCAGUUCUGGUUACCAGAGCUCAGAGCUGGCCUUUUUAGAGAAGUACACACUCGCGCCCCAGUCGGCCGACAUUAUUCCCCCUGUGAGGCCUGAUCAGAUGUUAGACACCCGAGAGCAGGCCUACCUGGGAACGCUACUCAGUUUGGAUUCUACUUCCUCCGUGGAGAACAUCUCAAACUCAGACCAAAGUCACCGGUAAAACAUUAGGGACAGUUUUGCAAAACUAAAAAGAAACAGAAGUAUCUUUACGUAUGAUCACUCAUAAUUUCAGUAGUGAAAAAGAAAAAUGGAAAAGAAAUCAAUUUUUUUCUACAGUUUUAUGCAUAACAUAGAUCAACGUUUGACGCGACGUGAGUGGGGCGAGCACACAAAUAUUCCGCUCCUUCGUCCAGUCGCUUGCCAUUGGAAGAUUUGACUUUAUUUACUAAUGCCCCAAUCUACAGGUUGUUUGAGUUACGAGCUCUCGCUUGUUUUUUUUGUUUUGUUUUUUUGUACAGUUCGUGGCAAAAGUCUUGUCGCUUAUCCAAGUUGUCGAAACAACAAAUUAAAGUGGCACUUGUAGUUGAUCAAUUGGAAGCAGAAAUGGCUUUGUAUACUUUUGUUUUCAAUUCAGAAUCAGAAUCAUCUUUAUUUGCCAAGUAUGUCCAAAACACACAAGGAAUUUGUCUCCGGUAGUUGGAGCCGCUCUAGUACGACAACAGACAGUCAAUUGACAGAGAACACUUUGGAGACAGAAAGACAUUGACAAAAAAACAGUCACUGAGCAGUGUAAAGGCUUGCUAGUUAUCUGGUAAUGCCAGUACUUUUUUUUUUUUUUUCGACAAUUGUGCAAAAAGAUGCAGAGUCCUCUAGCACUUAGAGCAGUUCGAAUGACUAAUAUUGCAAUAGUCUGGUGCAAUGAACAUUGUGCAAAGGGCGCCGAGACUUCAAGGAGUGUAUGCGGUUUAAAGUGACGAGUAGUGCGAUCAUCUGGGACAAUGUUGGUUGUGCAAAUGUUGCAGAUACUCCUCAAUCAGUGUGCAAAUGGAGCAGAUGCUACUCUGGCAUGAGUGGCCAGUAUAUGCAAAUAGUGCAGCAUGGCGAGAUAACUACAGUGAGUGCACGAGUAAUGUAUAAUUGGCCCCACAGAAAUGUGACAACGAACUCGAUUCAAAAAAUUGAGGUGAGACGCUGAGCUGGAGAAGCUUGGAUGAAAGGAGUUCAGGGAUGAUGGUGUUGAACGCUGAGCUGAAGUCCACGAACAGGAUCCUCGCGUAGGUCCAUGUACUGUCGAGGUGUUCUAGGAUGACUGCAUGGUGGUCGCCAGCCAAUCGCAGGGCACAUAGAAACAAACAACCAUACGCACUCACAUUCACAACUACGGGCAAUUUAGAGUCUUCAAUCAACCUAUCACGCAUCUUUUUGGGAUGUGGGAGGAAACCGGAGUGCCCGGAGAAAACCCACCCAGGCAUGAGGAGAACAUGCACAUAGGCAGGGCCAGGAUUUGAACCCCGUUCCCCAGAACUGUGAGGCAGAUGUGCUAACCAGUCAUCCACCAUGCCGGCCCAAUUUAUUUCAAUCGGUAAAAUUGAUGUAGUAUAAGAUUAACUUACGAACUUGGUCACAGAAAUAAUUAAACUUGUAAGUUAAUGUGCCACGGUAUUUGCAGAUAAAUUAUUAUGAAUAACAUGUUUAUAAUUCUUACUCUUAUUCGAAUUUAGCCCAUACUUAGCAAAAUUCAUGCACUUUUCGUCUCACUUGUUUAGAACAGUGAACGAGUUCAUCUUCAAAAUCUGAAACAAUGGUGACGCUCUCUAAUACUUAGUGUUGAAUGAACAAACAAGUGGUAAUAUCUGGGAUUGAUGUAUUCACUGCACUCCAAAAAUAUAUUUUCUUAUUAUGAUUCUUCCCACUUUUUUCAUUCUACUCCUUCCACAUUUCUGAACCCAAGAAAAAAAACAUUUGUAAUAAUAAUAAUAUGUUGGACUUAUGUAACGGUUUACGAGGCACUCAAAGACACAUUUCACACAUUAUUCAUUCACAAGUCAGUCACACCCCCUGGUGGCGGUAAGCUAAAGAUGCCCUGGGGCAAUCGGACAGAAGCGUGGCUACCAUUCUGCGCCUACGGCCCCUCCGACCACAUUCAUUCAUGGGCAAUGUGGAUUAAGUGUCUUGCCCAGGGACACAACAACAGCAUGCUCUCGGGCGGGGAUUCGAACCAGCGAACCUUCCGGUUGCGUACUCUGACCCUCUGUAUCAUGUCGCCCAACUUCAAAGUGUUCAACUCAUUUAGGACAUAAACGAAGCAAUUGUAAAUCUCCCACAUUUAGCAAUAAACUUACCAAGUUAAGAAGUAUUUUACAUAUUUGGCUCCUCCCACAUUUCUCGACCGAUUCAAGUCUCACAUUUAACAGUUCAACAAUUCAGUUAAUUCCAGAACAUUUCAGUUCAGUCUCUGCUCUUCAGCAUUCACACGCAGUUUUUAGAAAAAUUGUAUAAUUGUCUAAUAUGUGCUUCAGAUUGGAGCCUACGGCAUUAUAGACAUUGGAUGAUUGCUCAAAUCACAAAAGCGCCACAAAACGAUCACUGCUUUAUGUACCACGUUUUUAUUCACUGCAGUCCAUCAAACAUUACACCAUGUUUUUCAGAAAGCUCUCAAUAAAACAGACUGUCUGAAACGCUUAACGUAAGUGUAAACAUACUUAACGUUGCUUCAUGUCAGAAAAUAAUCGUCACCAAAAUUUAUGCAGACAUCUCUACUUAUGCCAACUUUGAAAAUAUUAGAAUAAUCACCCCAAUAUGACAGAUUUUAUAUGGCUAUUAAGCGUUAUCCUCUUUAAAGAACGUUAAGCUUUUUUUAUGGAGAGGAAAAUGGUUAAUGUCCAUAAAAUCCAAAAUAUUGGAGCAAUCAUUCUAAUAUUUGCAGCGGUGGAAGUGGGCCUCAGUAGAGAUAUCCACAUACAUUUUAAUGACGAUUAUAGUGGUUUUCUAAUAUAAAGCGAUGUUAAGCGUUUUAGACUGUCCCCGUGUUAGACUGGCUUGUAAGAUGCACCUUCAAUCCUGACGUUUCAGCACAAAUUCUGACGAUAAAGGCAGAGGGUUGAAUCAGUAGAAUAUACAAGAGCAAAACUUAACAGCAAAAUGCAAAAAAAAAAAAGCUUCACUUACAAACUUCAUUUCCCA